GGAUGUACUGGAAAGCUGAAUGUAAGGGCAGUUGUGGUUUAAACAGUUAAGGUACUGGGUUACUGUUUGGGUGGUCAAGACCCAGUGCAAUGGUUGAGCUUGCUUGAGCAAGGUCCUUAACCGUUUCUGCUCCAGGUGAGCUGUAUCAUGGCUAGCUCUAACAGCAUCUUCCUAAUAUGGGAUAUGUGAAGAAAAUCAAUUUAAUAUGUGCUGAAAUGUGCCAAACAUAAUACAAGGCUUAAUCUUUUUCUUCUUCUUCUUCUUCUUCUUCUUCUUCUUCUUCUUCUUCUUCUUCUUCUUCUUCUGAAUGGACAAAUCCCUAGAGCCACAAUACAAAUAUCCAGUAGAUCACAUUUCCAUAAGAGUGAAAAUGUCGCUGUUUUAGCAGCAAAGUGUGAACAAUCUAACACAUGUCAGUGGAUAUGGAAUGAGAUGUUCAAUAGCCUUACUUAUUUUAAAUACAAGAAACACCCAGAAAUUCAACAGCGUUUUAACAGUAUGUUUUUAGAGAUUGUAUAUUUGACACAACGUACAGUACAAUCCACAACAAACACCUUUGAGUGUAUGGUAUAAGAGCAGAUCGUGUAGAUCCUAGAGACUCUUCUUCAGAAACAGAACUAGAUAAUCCUGUUUCAGUUGUUAGGAUGCUUCAGAUGACAGGAUGCACAACAGAGGAAACAGAAAUUCUCUUUUAUCCUUCAGCAAAUGUAGCAUGGCCACUCCCACACCACUGACAUGGAUAUAAGCUUUUACACACACAACAGAAACACACAGAGAAGGAGUACAGGAACUGCUACUUGUACAAGUCUCAGGAUGUGGAAGACCAUCAUUUUGCUUUUUCUUCUGGCACUGUGGUCCGAGAGUUCUCACGAGCAGACAAGCCAGGACGGGACCAGAAACAAGACACAUGAGGGUGUGCUCAUUCGGUCCAAGAGGAGAUGGGUGCUGUCUACUUUUGAAAUAAAUGAGGAACUUCCUGGACCUUACCCUCAAUUUUUUACAGAGUUGCACAACGAUAAACACCUGAAUCACUCCAUCCUAUUCAAAAUCAGUGGCCAAGGUGUGACAGAGAAGCCAUUAAAUGUGUUCACCAUUAAUGAGAUGACUGGUGAAAUUUUCCUGCACAAGCCCAUAGACAGAGAAACCAACAAAAUUCUCAAGGUGAAGUUUGACGUGAUUGACAAAGAAACUCAUGAAAUUGUUGACAAAACCUUGGCUUUCGACGUGAAAAUAAAAGAUAUAAACGAUAAUAUACCUACAUUCAAACCUGAAGUUUUAGACAUACAUAUUCCAGAGAACACAAAAGAAGGUCAGCUUCCAAUUUUUCUGCAAGCAAUAGACGAUGAUGAGGCAGGCAAUGACAAUUCUCGCAUCUCCAUGAGGAUAGUGUCUCAGGAGCCAGCACUGCCAAAAAUCUCUCUGGACACUAGCUUGAAUGAAAAAGACCAAAAACUCGCAAAACUCGUCUUCAGCGGGUGCUUUGAUUAUGAUAAAGUAAAGACAUAUAAAAUGCUUGUCGAAGCACAGGAUCAUGGAAUACCUUCGCUCUCAUCCACUGCGACUAUAUAUAUCCACAUCAAUGAUUCUAACACUCACGCUCCUGUGUUCACUGACCUAAAGUUCAACGCUAAUGUUUUGGAAAUGGAAACCAAUAAAGAAAUUUUAAGGAUUCCUGUGCAAGAUAAGGACACUCCCAACACUCCAGGAUCCAGAGCAGUGUUCACCAUCCUGAAGGGUAAUGAAGAGGGCAACUACAAGAUUGAAACAGACCCACUUACCAACGAAGGAGUGCUGACUGUCAUCAAGGGAAAGGAUUAUGAGAGAACCACUCUAACUGAACUGGAAAUAGGAGUAUACAAUGAGGAGCCUUUAUUUUUUUGUGUCGCUGGAAAGCCAGUUAAUCCCAUUCCAAAGACUUUAACUAGGAGCAACAAAGUUAAAGUCGCCGUCAAAGUCAUUGAUGUGAAUGAUCCACCGGUGUUUCACAACAAAAUACAUAUAGUGCACAGGGUUGAGGAGGAAGAGCCCGGAGAGGUGUUGUACACUCCCACGGUCACAGACGAGGAUUCAGACCCAGCUAAGAUCAGGUAUGAACUAUUAGAAGAUCCAGCUAAAUGGAUGUCCAUAGACCCAAAGACUGGCAUUAUUACCCUGGCAAAAAAGAUGGACCGUGAAUCUCCGUAUGUCAAUGGGAGCACCUACACUGUUGUGAUGAGAGCAAUAGAUGAUGCCGAACCUCCUGGCACGGGUUCAGGGACUCUGUUGAUCAAGCUGGGAGAUAAGAAUGAUAAUGCACCUUAUCUAACCUGCAACCCUUCUGUGAUAUGUGGGAACAAAGGUGACAGAGUGAGAGUCACCGCACAAGAUGCUGAUGUUUUUCCAUACAGCGGACCAUUCAUCAUCACACUUGACAAAGAUGAUCAGGAGCUGAAGAGCAUGUGGAAGUUUGAGCACACAGUGUCUGAGAUCUUACUGAUUAGCAUGAAGAGUCUUCCAUAUGGAAAUUAUACAGUUCCUGUGAAGAUUGCUGACCAACAGGGGGUGCAAGCAAACGAUGUCUUGCAAGUGGUGAUAUGUGACUGUGGGAACGGAACUGUGUGCAAGAACCGGCUACCAUAUACGUCCACCCUCCAUAUAUCAGCUAUAGUUAUAAUUUUGCUGGCAAUACUGCUCCUGAUAGCUUUGCUGCUCUUUUGUUUUACCUGCAAAUGUCGAACGAAAAGAGAUUUCAUCUGGCAAUUUGAUGGAACCCAAACCUUGAUCAAAUACAACUUGGAAGGAAAAGGUUCAUGCGAGGAAACACCAAUCAUUCUGCUUACAAAGGCCCCUAAUGGACAUAUUGACACAAAUAAACCAAAGGACAUAUGUGCAAACUCAUCAGUUCCUUCACAAUUCACCCACAGCCCAAAUGGCCUUUAUACCGGCUUGUCCCCAUUACGGUAUACACAGGUCCCUAUUGGAUCUAGUGAUAAAUCAUGGAACAUCUACGCACCAACCCAAAUUAGAAGCAAGCAUAGCUACCCCACCAAGAGCCAUCAGGAUAUAAUGAAACAGCAUCUACAAAAGAAGCUCUGGAAUCUUGCUAUGGAGCAGAGGAUCUUCCCUGAAGAACACCCACAAGAUUACAGCUCUGAAGGAAGCAUUACCGAUGCUGUGUCAAUUGACAAGCUCUCUGUCCACAGCACAUUAGAUGAUGAUCUGGACUUUCUGCUGGAUUUGGGGCCAGAAUUUUGCACUCUGGGUGAAAUCGUGCAGCAAGGAAUACAAGAGAAGUAAUUUUUUGAAUGAUCUCACCUCCUAAUGGAUCUUCCUGAGUAGCUCUGCUUCACACAUCUGUGAUUUUAUGGAUAUCAUACCACAAUCUUUUGUGGAUAUUUGCCCAUUUCAAUCCCUAAGACUUGUUACAACUGUUCAUGUUUUUGGUGUCUCAUCUUCGCGGUUGUCUUCAAUACUCAACUUUUCAGUUUCGUUUCCCACUUUCCAUAUUUGGCCACAACUUCCAGUUUUUAUUACCUCACUGUCUCUAGUGAUUGUUUAGCAUUCCGGAUUUACUCUGAUAAAGGAGUCAGAUUUCUCUUUUUGCACGUAGACACAACCGAUAAACUCGGACCCCACUACAGCAAUACAUGAGCGAUCCAUUCUGAGACCACCUUAAUACUUUACGUCUGAUUUAUGGCUCAAGUAGUAACAGGCUGCCACUGGAGCGCUAGGGUCCUACACCAAAGUAUGCAGUGGUGGGUAGAAUGAUGACAAAUACUGUAGGGUGAAAGGCUGAUAGAAGCAGUUGGCUACAUCAACAACAGUUCCUGUCCAGUUGCUCUACAUGGAUUUCAUAAGGCAUUGAAAAAAUUCCAUGGAUAUUCUGGCCAAUGUGGACACGAUUAAAGGAUUUUUAAGACACUCCAAAUGUCCUCUACUGGAUUUGGAUCUGCUGAAUGGGGAAGCGAUUAAAAACAUUGAUCUCACUGGCGUGUUAUCAUUCUGGAAUCAUUUCUAAUGUAAAUUGUGGACAUCAAUUCUAUUUUAUGUUAUGUUUUCAUAUUAUGUUUUAUGAAAGCCAUUGUGUUCAGAUUUGACCUGUCCAUGCUUUUGCGUGUUCGCUUGCCUUUGUUGUCUGUAAGUUUUGCUGUAAAUAUUUUCGGUUCUUUCACUUGACUUUUGUUGGUUUUUUAGAGUUUGUGAAUAACAUGUACACAGAUGUAUAUUUAACGGUAGUAGGGAUUAGAGGUCUUUUUGGGCCUUAAAAAAUGUACCCGACCCGAAGCACUUUUUACCCAAACCCGACGUGCAUAAUUUUUUUUUUUUUUUUUUUAAAGAAAGACCCAACUUGAGACAAACCCGAAAAAAAUAGACCCGUGUCCGACCCGACGGCAAUUUUUUUUUAACCCGACUGGACCCGAAUGUUGUGUCACCCUACAGUAAAGUAACUGCUACAGUGUGGAUUCAAAAUUGAUUGACAGUUCUGUAUCAACGAAAAUUAGCUUCCCGCCAGCCGAACCUGCUCGGGUCUCGGGUCGGACUUCGGGUUUUCGGCUCUAAGUGGACACGUGAAGACCUAUGGGACGGGAUGUGAAUGCCAUUACUGUUGUUUGUAAG